ACGUUGUAUUUCAGUUGCGGCAUUGAUCUGUCAGGGAAACUCAAUGAGCUUGGUGUACUGCAUAUGUUCGUAAAUACAUUUUAUUUCCUUUUCCCCCUGUGCAAUUUUACCUAGAUUUAAUUUAUUCUGUUGUAUCACCUAUCUGUCAUUCAAAAUGCUUACAACUCGCUCACCACUCUCUAAGAAGAACACCAAUGCAAUCACUACUCAAAUGGACAACAUUUCGCUGGUUGACAAAGAAAACACGCCUCCUAGCCUGAACAAUACCCGGAUUCUGUCCUCAAGAACCGCGCGCAAAAUCUUUGCUGAUGAUUCUGAGGUUAAGCCGCAAGAUGUCAAGAAAUUCAACACAGAAGAGCCACUCCUUAAAGAAAAUCCGCGCCGGUUUGUCAUUUUCCCCAUCAAGUACCAUGACAUCUGGCAAAUGUACAAGAAGGCAGAAGCUUCAUUCUGGACAGCUGAGGAGGUUGAUCUUUCCAAAGACAUGCAGCACUGGGAUUCUUUGAAGGAUGAGGAGAGAUACUUCAUCUCUCAUGUACUGGCUUUCUUUGCUGCUAGUGAUGGCAUUGUCAAUGAGAACCUGGUGGAGCGAUUUACACAGGAGGUCCAGGUGACGGAAGCAAGAUGCUUCUAUGGUUUCCAAAUCGCCAUGGAGAACAUCCACUCUGAGAUGUACAGCCUGCUCAUUGACACCUACAUCAAAGACCCUAAAGAGAGGGACUACCUCUUCAAUGCCAUUGAAACUCUCCCCUGUGUGAAGAGGAAAGCUGAUUGGGCCCUGAACUGGAUCGGUAACAAAGAUGCUGAAUUUGGUGAGCGUGUGGUUGCAUUUGCUGCUGUUGAGGGGAUCUUCUUCUCUGGGUCCUUUGCUGCCAUUUUCUGGCUGAAGAAGAGGGGGCUCAUGCCUGGCCUGACCUUUUCAAAUGAGCUCAUCAGCAGAGACGAGGGCCUGCACUGUGACUUUGCCUGCCUCAUGUUCAAGCACCUGGUGCACAAGCCCUCAAAGGAGACCGUCACCAAGCUCAUCAGGAACGCAGUAGAGAUUGAGCAGGAGUUCCUGACGAAAGCCCUUCCAGUAAAGCUGAUUGGUAUGAACUGUGACCUGAUGACUCAGUACAUAGAGUUUGUGGCUGACAGGCUGAUGCUGGAGCUGGGCUUUGACAAGAUCUACAGAGUGGAGAAUCCUUUUGACUUCAUGGAGAACAUCUCACUGGAGGGCAAGACUAACUUCUUUGAGAAGCGAGUGGGGGAGUACCAGAGAAUGGGUGUGAUGUCUGGCACCACAGACAACUCCUUCCGGCUGGAUGCUGACUUCUAAACCUCUAACAGGCCCCCAAGAUGCCCUUGACAUUAGACUUUUUGAAACUGUAAAUACUUGAAAAGGGACAUGGCCCAGCUAUGCUACUGGACUGACCACCGUACCACAUCUCAAAUGGCACCCUAUUCCUUAUUUAGUGCACUACUUUUGACCAGAGUCAUAUGUGGGCCCAGAUGAAAAGUAGUCCGCAAUAUAGAGACUAGGGUGCCAUUUAGGAUGUGUACUUGGGUUGUCUGGUUCACAGAAAACACAUGUAUAUUACCAUUCACAACUGACCAUAUUUGCAGUAGAUCUCUAGUUGUAUCCAUUUUCUUAUUUGUAUAGUACUGUUGAAAUUUUAUCUGUUUACUUUUUGUAAUUAAAUUUUAAAAAUCCAA